GAAACAUUCACCUGGACCCACAACAACAACAACAGCAGCAGCAGCAGAGUCUCUGACCAACGCCGACUGUAGACAUGUCUGCUGCCAGCUGUCAGCUGACUGAGGAUCAGUUCCUGUGCUCCAUCUGUCUGGAUGUGUUCACUGAUCCAGUCACCAUACCAUGUGGACACAACUUCUGUAAAGCCUGCAUCACUCAACACUGGAACGUCAAUGUCCCCGAUCGGUGUUCCAACUGUAAGAAGCUUUUCUCCACCAGACCUGAGCUGCAGGUCAACACCUUCAUCUCUGAGAUGGCUGCUCAGUUCAGACAGGCAGCUCAACAGGAAGCCAGCAGCAGCAGCUCAGAGCAACAAGCUGCCAAACCAGGAGAAGUUCCCUGUGACGGCUGCACUGGAACCAAACUGAAGGCCCUGAAGUCCUGCCUGGUGUGUCUGGAGUCCUACUGUGAGACUCACCUGGAGGGUCACCUGACAAGACCAGGUCUGAAGAGACAUCAGCUGAUGGACCCCGUGGAGAACCUGGAAGGCUGGAUGUGCCUGAAGCACAAUAAACCUCUGGAGCUGUUCUGUCAGACCGACCUGACGUGUGUCUGCAUGCUCUGCACUGUUCUAGACCACAAGAACCACCAUGUUGUUCCUCUGGAAGAAGGAUAUGAAGGAAAGAAGGCCGAGAUGAAGAAGACUGUGGCUGAAACCAAGGAGAUGAUCCAGAAGAGACGCCUGAAGAUCCAGGAGCUCAAACACUCGGUGCAGCUCAGUGAGGAACAAGCAGACAGAGAGAUAGCAGGUGGUGUUCAGGUCUUGACCGCUCUGAAGGAGUCUGUUGAGAGAAGCCAGGCCGAGCUCAUCCUCACGAUCAAAGAGAAGCACAGAAACACAGAGAAACAGGCUGAAGGCUUCAUCCAAGAGCUGGAACAGGAACUCUGUGAGCUGGAGAAGAGAAGCACUGAGGUGGAGCAGCUCUCACGCUCUGAAGACCACCUCCACCUCCUCCAGAGCCUCAGGACCCUGAAGGCUGCUCCACCCACCAAGAACUGGACCGGAGUCAGAGUCCGUCCACCUUCCUAUGAGGGGACAGUGAUGAGAGCUGUGAAGCAGCUGGAGGAGACGCUCAGCAAACAGAUGAAGAAGCUGUUUGAGGGCGAGAUGAAGAGGGUCCAGCAGUCUGCAGUGGAUGUGACUCUUGAUCCUGAUUCAGCACAUCCUGAACUCAUCCUGUCUGAUGAUGGAAAACAAGUUAAACUUGGUGAUGUACAGAAGAAUCUUCCAGACAACCCAGAGAGAUUUGAUACUUGUGUUAAUGUCUUAGCAAAGCAGAGUUUCUCUUCAGGAAGAUCUUACUACGAGGUUCAGGUUGAAGGAAAGACUAAGUGGGAUUUAGGAGUGGUGAGAGAGUCCAUCAACAGGAAGGGACACAUCACAACGACUCCUCAGAAAGGUUUCUGGUUGAUAUGGUUGAGGAAUGAGAAUGAGUACUCAGCUCUUGUUGCCCCUUCAGUCCGUCUCUCUCUGAGGUCUCGGCCUCAGAAGGUGGGGGUGUUGGUGGAUUAUGAGGAGGGGCUGGUCUCCUUCUAUGACGUAGAUGCUGCAGCUCUUAUCUUCUCCUUUACUGGCUACUGCUUCACUGAGAAACUCGUCCCAUACUUUAGUCCAUGUCGUAAUGAAGGAGGUCUAAACUCUGCUCCUCUGGUCAUCUCUCCUGUCGACCACACGCAGUAGAACUACCACUGGAUUCCCUCCAGAGAGAUCCACCUUCCUCUAAUACAAUAAUGUCUGUUAAUUGGUGAUUCGUACAGUGUGUCGUGUUUAUUAUUUUUCUAUGAAUAUUUCUUUGAUUUGUAUCACCUCUCACAACUAAAACACCAGUUUUAUGUAUUUAGUUACUGAAGACCAGUUCAUGAAUGAGACUGACAGAACUUUGCUUUUCUCUUUCCUUUGAAGUAAAACAAUACAAAGUCACAAUGUGUUCAGCUUUGUUUCUUAAGAUAUCACAGAUAGAUCAAAGAACUGAUGGUGUUUCUAAUGACACCAAAUCACGUGGUUAAAACACCAUCAGCUGACUGACACCCCAUCACAUGUCAGAUACAUGUUCUGUCAGAUCAUGUGCUGAUGGUUCAGGCUGGGCGUGAGCACUGAACCAGGGCUCCCAGUUAGUGGAGAAUAC